AUCCCACAUCCCUAAAUCGUUAGAUUGUUUGUUUUGUUUUGAUCAAAUUAAUAUACCCAAUAUGUUUCUUAACCACGGAAGCAUAUUUAAUCGCGAAUGCCUUUGCAGGCCAGAGACAGUCAGUGAUUUGCAAAUGUUGGGAAAAGAUCUUGUCACGAAUUACGGCACCAUGUCAACCAGAAAAUGCCUCGGCGUCGAACGCCAGGAGGCGGUCAAAGUAAAAACUUUUAUAAACCACGGAACUCUGGUAAUCCACAAAUGCACCUGUAAAACUGAAUUGAUUACUAUUAGCGACCUGAUUAACUACGGAAUAAUUGUAAACUGCCUAACGAGUUGCGGCGCAAAAGCCCAGGCUAUUGAAGAUGCUUCUAUCAACACUGUACUUCAAAUUGAACUCAAAAACGAGGGUCAAAAUCAACAGGAGUCCCCAUCAAGCACACAAAAAGGAACAGACCAAAAAGCGGAGCAAACAUCUCAACCAAAACUGUCGCCAAGAGAACUAACGAUUGAGGAAAUUGAGGCCCUGAUCCCGAGUUCCGCGGACUCUGCUUCUACUUCGAGACAAGCAACUCAAAAGUCUGACGAAUAUUCCACAGAAAUGUGUCGUCGGUGCUAUCGGCGCUAUGUGAAUAUAAUGAAAAAUCCUGAACUGCGAACGGUAAAACCGGAAGAUAGACUAAAGUCUAAGUAUCCUCAAUGCCCUCAUUGCUGGGCCUGCUUUAAGAAAAAAAAUGUAUUUCAAGACCACUUAAAGGCGUGCCAACUUAUUGAAAAACCUUAUAAAUGCAAAGGUUGCCCGUAUAAAGCUGCCGAGGUAACGUCUUUGAACGCUCAUCAUGGAUCUUGCUACUUAAAGAAUACUGCUGAACAUAUCUCUGCCGAAUGUUUUGCCAGUAACCAUCAGAAGGGUGGGAAUAGAACGGAAAAAUGA